GGGCACAUGCAUCUCAGCCCACCUUUUCCUUUUCUUCUUCUGCUUUGGUUUGCCUUCAUCACUCUCUCAUUUCCUCCAUACAGCAGAGUCAGAAGAGAUCUGUUCUUGUGAUAUCAUUUUUCUCUCUCCUCAGAAGCCAGAGAUGAACGAAGAAGCUGAGCCACCAUCACUGUCUUCUUCUGUAAAAGAAGAAAUAUUUGUUCGAGUUAGAAGAGAACCAUUCGAGUAUGGACUUCUUCCAAUUCCAAAACUCAUCUUCUCAGAUGGAACUGUAACCCUAGGUCCACUCAAAGAUAAACUCGUUGAAAAAGCAUCUACAUCUUCGUAUCGUAUUGAUGCUGAUGGCAUUUCUCAAGUCCUUAAUAUCUCGACCGAUUAUGCUCAUCUUGUUAUUCAGACACUUGCUUCUGUACUCCCUUCAUCUGAUUUUGAUCCCAUCGCCACUCAAUCAAAUGCUCUAACUGCUGAUGUUUAUCAUCUCAUUUUAUUUCUCUACAUUCAAUCUUACAAAAAGCUUCUUCCAAGAACUCAUAAAGAUUCCGCUUCCGUAUCUGAUGUUUGGCCUUCAACAUCUGCAUUUGAUGGUUUCGUUUCGUUUCUAUCUCCAUUGCAGCUUAUGCGCAGCAACAGCCGUCGGUUUAUGCCGUCCCAGGCUGAUGAGGAGUCCCAUCAGUUAUCGUAUUUACAGAAGCACCUGGCUAACAUACUUUCUCUAUUGGCGGACUCAGUGGAUGGGGAAGAUGAGGAAUCCCUGGUCUUGACCUUAGAACGGUUUGAGCAUUUAGGAUUUCUUAUUCAGUUCGGGGAAAAGGGAUCUAACAGAAUUCCAUUGAGUCAGGCUGCUCCGUUUUUUGCAAAUUCAGAUCCAGACAUGCCUGCCAUUCCUGUUCCUGCAGGACAAGUUCAUGAUUGGAUCCUACAAAAUAUUGAAGCUGCAUUAGAACACAAAAUUAGUUCAAAAGAAGGCGGGUCAACUGUGGCCGCUGAUCAGGAUAUCCCUAUGGCUGACUCAGGUCCCAUUUCAUGCAAGGGGUUGAGUGAAGGUAGUCAGAGUUUUGUAGAGGGUAUCUCCAAAACUUCAGUGGUAAAGCAAGCAUCUGAUCUUAAGGGAUCUUCUGUAAAGGUUCUUAAUUGUCAGGACGCAGUGGUCUACAUAUUAGCACCGUUAAAAUAUGCAACUGUGUACGGAUGUUCAGAUGCAACUAUAGUUUUUGGAGCUAUUGGGAAAGCCGUUCGUGUGGAGCACUGUGAACGACUUCAAGUGAUCACUGCAACUAAACGGAUAACCAUUGCCAAUUGUCGUGAGUGCGUGUUCUAUGUAGGAGUAAAUCAGCGGCCACUAUUUCUUGGGGAUAAUCAUAAGUUGCAGGUGGCCCCAUACAAUACUUUCUAUUCGCAGCUGCAAGAGCACCUGAGCCAAGUUGGUGUUGAUACAACUAUAAACAAAUGGAAUGAACCACUUGUUCUGGGUGUGGUGGAUCCACACGAUUCAUUAUCUCAUCCUGCAGGGGUCUCUGAUGUUCAAGCUGAGUCUGCUACAUGCCUAAAUCCUGAUCAUUUUACCAACUUCGUGAUUCCUAACUGGUAUGGCAGUGAAACACCGAACCCGACGAAACAAAAUCCAUUUGCAUUGCCUGAUAUGUACAUGGCAUCUCAGAAAAAAAAUCAUCAGGGUCUAGAGGAGAUCAGACAGGCUUUACGAGAUAUUCAACUUGAAGAGAAUCGAAAACGGGAAUUAUCAUGUGCUCUCCACGUAUAUUUUAAGGAUUGGCUGUAUGCUUCAGGAAAUAUCCGCCAGCUCUAUUGCUUACACGGUGAUUAAAGUUGUGCUAUUUUUACAUCGGACUGAUCAAGCUCUCCACGAGGUUGUAAAUUAAGAAAUCUGGUUCCCCAUCUCUUUGUUUUUGUAUGUUUUGCUUUUGUAAUUGUUAGACAUGUAGAAUCAGAAGAUCAUCAAUCUCAUCUAUGGUGUAAUUUUGCACCAUUCAUUCUAUGUAUCCAUCAGAAAUGGUGUGUUUUGUUACAUUAAUCUGUACUUAGGGUUCAUUGUUGUUUUUUUUUUAUGUUCAUUUUUCGGAGAUUUUUAAAGAUGUUACCAUGUAUAACAUUGAAUUGAAAAGAACAUAGCACUCGAAGGAAGGUAAAACCGUAAAAGUUUGAUUA